AUGUACGGCUGGGCCUCCUACGACAUGCUGGGUUGGUGUGUGGCCUUCGAGCGAAGCGCUCCCAUGGAUUUACCCGCAAGGAGAGGAGCAAGCAAAGAAAGUGUUUCUGGCUCUGUCAUCAGCUCUGGAUGUGCAACGCAAAUACAGAUGUCACCUAAAUCAGGACUGCGAUGUUCAGCAGUUAAUGACUUGACUAGCCAAUCGAAAGCCGCCAGGAGCAUUCGCCCACUGCUCUCCUCCGGUUUGGUGCUGCACUUGCUGCUUUACGGGGUGGUCUACGUCGCUUCCACGGUCGGUUUCAUCUCAGCCCACUUGGAGCGGAAGACCUUCGGCUCGAAACUCGCCUACAGCGCUGCCUUCGUCUUCAUCCGCGCGGACGAGUACCACAAGACACUGACCGAUGUACUGCGAAAGGUUUCCGUUUCGAACGUGGCGAUGGUCUCGAUCUUGCGCGGGAGCUUCGACAUCAUUCUGCCCUGUGUGCUGGAUGCGGGGGGCCGCUGCAAGCUGCCAAGCACACACUCUGGGGACAUGACUAAGCUGGAGAAGGUUCUGGGCUUGCCCAUCGCCGGCGCCAACCUGAAAGACCUGCUGGCCGGGGACCAGGACCGUGCAGACUUCUCCUCCUAUGUUCGGAAUGUGGUGCGUCAGGCCGACUGCCCCCAGUCCUUCAACGAGGCGACGCUAUCAACCCAGGGUUCCUGGACGUGUCAAGCGGACGCCAUGCCCCCCAUUGCACAGGUCCUGCACAGCAAGAUGCAAUGCAAGGUCGCCAGCGGCACACGUCUCGAUGCCACGAUCCACCUCUCGGUGGUGCCCCGUUCGGCUUUGAGCUUUGGGAAGGAACGUCAGCUAGUCGCUGCCAUCCAGUUCACCACGCCUACCAUGAACGAGGCCAAGGAGACAGAUGUGGGUGUGGUGGGCUUCGAAAGCUUCCAGGCCAAGAAGAGUGUGUCCUCGGGUGGCUCCACACAGCCCACCAGCGACACACGGUCCAACUCCGGCAUUGUCGCCAAUUUGGCCGACCUCAACAAGCUGGGCAUGCCGGGCAUGCUCGAGAGUUCGGAGGCAGCUCGACCUAGCCUUUUUGGGGCUGUUUCAGGGACCAGGCAGUCGGGGAUCGGCAACAUGGAGACUGGCAGCGAUAGAUCCACUGUGGCCUCGGCACAGGAGAAGACAAACGAGGACUCUGCCUCCCACUACUAUGGAGCAUCCAUGACCGACGAGACCAUGUCCCACCUUGCGGCAUUCACCAAGCAGGAUAACUUCGGCCGCUUCAGCCAGGCUGCCUUCGACGCCCGCAUCGUGGGAGUUUGGGAGGGCACCGUCAACAAGGCUCUUGGAGGCUACCGCCAGCGCAUUGAGUUCUCUCACGACUGCCUUCAUGCGAACAUCACCGUUAUGGGCAAAACACUAGAGGCAUGCUUCCGCAUGGACUGCUCGAAGGACCCAUGCCACCUUGACAUCGAAGUCAUCCCAGCCGGCUCCAGCUGCCCUCCGCCGGCCAUUCCCUACAUUUUCAAAUUCGAGGGUGAUUGCCUCGUCCUCUGCGGUCCUGGCACCAGCAAUCUCCAGCGCCCACACAACUUCGACGGCAUUGGUCUCUGCGUGAUGGAGCGAGCGGACCCGUGCGGCGUUCCCAUGUCUCGGCAGCGCAGCAAGGCUUCCAGCAAGGCUUCGGAGCUGGAGCCAGACCCGGAGUUCAGCCGCAACACCACGGAGGCCACUGAGGCACCGGAGUCUACGGCCCAGCGCAUGUUUCACAAGAACAUGCCCAAGAAGGAGCUUGACAUGCCGAAGCGCGCAAAGGCGGACAUGAUGGGCCUCAUGGAAUGGAUCGAGGACAUACUAGUGGCAUGCAGUGAUUUCGGUGUUCUUUCGCCUAGAGCCUUCGCUUAG